AAGCAGAAUGAUACAUUCCCAAUUUAAACUUGUACCCGGAGGUUCAUUAGAAUUGAUAAGGAGAUGUUCAGCGGUCACGUGUCAAGGACAUUGUGUUUGUGCUGCUCAAGGACAACGCUGUUCAAAACGAGCAUGUAAUGAUGUGACCAAAGCAAAUAAUAACAACUUGUUAGGCAUAUAUGAUACAACAAAUAUUCAGGAAUCCUCUCCCUUUAGUGAUGUGAAGUAUACACCAUCAAAUGUCGCCCUGGCUGCCAAAUGGCAUGUAGUACAAGCUCAAGGCUUGAGACCGUUAUGGUAUGAAUGGACAGCAGGAUAUUCAGAUAAGGGUGAACCGGAAGGAGUCUUUGACAAUUUAAAUGACGAUGUCUGGCAUCAUGCAGGACAAACAAAUCAGGCAAUAUUGAACAUUAAAAGAGGUCAGCGGUUAAAGGAAUCACCAGUAUCGUAUUCUAUGUUUGUGAGAGUAUGGUAUGAUGACGACACAUUUGCUGAUUUUAAAACAGAUGGAAUAUUAGCUAUGUCCACUCCUCUACCAAAACGAAAAAUUAAAGGAUCGGCGAUUGUAGAGCAAAUACCCGGUCAUUGGAAGAAGGAUAUUGAUUAUAUUAAACCUGGAGCUCCUUUCACAAUCAGAUGGACAAACGUGUUUAAGGAUGAUGCUAAGAUUAUUGACAAGUUUAAAGUGUAUCUUAGUACAUAUCCAGGAGGUCAUGAUAUCCAUGAAGUGGAAUUGGAUCUUCCAGGAUCAAUUACGUCUCAUAACAUCAGCCGAGUGCCAUUAUCUCCAGGGAAAGUUUUUUACAGUAAUGUUGUAGGAUACAGUUACUCUGGUAUCCAUGCUACUGAAUCAUCAGACGGUAUCAUGGUAGACUCACUUCCACCAGUUACUGGUACAGUCUACGAUGGUAUAGGUAUACACGACAUUGAUUACCAGAACAAUUCAGAUGUUACCGUGGCUUCAUGGCACGGCUUUUCUGACCGAGAUUCUGGAAUAACACAUUAUAUGUGGUGUGUACAAACUAGAUCUAAAACUACAACAUGUGAUGUUAGAGACUGGGAAAACGUUGGCAUUCAUCAUUCUGUGUCCAGAAUUAUUAACAGCUCACGCAUUGAUACAGAAAUCGAGAGUCUUGUUUAUGCAAUGGAUGUUAUAGGACAUAAAUCUAAAACUGUAAAAUCAAAUGGCAUCGUGAUUGACUCUACUCAUCCAGAACCUACAUUAAUGGAACAUUUAGAUCAUAAUGAAGCUGUAAAUCCUUCAUUUGAGGAUACAGACGGUGGUGUACCUAUUGACUGGGAUAAUAUAGCCAAUAUCAAUUUAUGCAAUUCUAUUGUACGUGCCUCCGAAUGGAAUACAUCAAUAGGGAGCUGCGUGGGUGUCUUAAAGUCCGAUAAAAAUCUAGCAAUAGACGGAAGGUCCUUCGUAUUUGUUGAAGGCCAAAUAUCACAAACAUUAAGUAAUCUAAAAGCUGGACAUUUAUUCCGUGUUACUUUUGUAACCGCUCAUCCACCCAUACUUGGGGCUGUUUUAGCUAAUAAAGAAGGAUAUGUAGAAAUUGGAGAUAAAAGACACGUCUUCAUGGUCUACACAAAGCAUGACAAACACGGUAGUUCCUCUAAAGAAUUAAACUGGCAUCACCACACAUUCUAUUUCCGUGCCUCUACUUUCGGAGAAACAAUUAGUAUUGGAAGUAUGACUGGUCAUACCGGCAUUUUGUUCGAUGAUUUGAAAGUUCAGAGGACCAUCUUUCAUCAUCACAGUGAUAAAAAUGAAAAUGGCAAACAUAUUCACGCACAUGUGGUUGCCUUGCAUCAAUGGUCGUCGAUUCAUGCAUCUUGGAAUUUUGUUGAUCCAGAGAGUCCGAUCAUAGAUUACAUGUGGGCUAUUGGCUAUACAGAGGGAAGCACAGAAGUCCAAGGAUUCACAAGUGUCGGUCUGAAUAAUUUUGCUUACAACUACAACGUCAGCUUAGCCCAUACGUCAGUUAUUCAUAUCACUGUCAUCGCUACAAAUGCUGCAGGAUUGAGACACGAGGUGCAUGCCGAAGACUUGCUUGUUGACCUAACGCCACCGUAUAUAGAUUUUAUAAAUGAUGGAAUAGGAUCUGACAUUGACGCACAAACUACCGAUGAAGUAUCUGCUAAUUGGGAGGUACAUGACUCUGAAUCUGGGAUUGAUGUCUGCGAAUGGGCAGUCGGUUACCAACCGUUUGGCAAUGAAAUUCAAACAUUCCAAAAAUUAGUUAUAGGAGUAAAUAGGGUAUCAAAAGUGUUUCCCAGCAGCCAAAUAUCAAUGCAAAUGGUCCACGUGACCUUACGAUGUAGAAGUAAAGCCGGCUUAAUGUCUUCCAAGUCUUCAAAUGGUGUUAAAAUAUCAAAUCUUCCACCAAAUACAACGACUGCUGAAGUAGAAAUUCUACCACAUACAUUAACAGAGUAUAACCCUAGACAUCAUUAUCAGGGUGAUACAUCAUAUGUAAGAGUAAAAUGGACAGGAUUUGAGGAUAUGACAGGUGUCGAUUCCUACCUUCUUACUUUUCAUAGCCAAGAUAAGACAAUUGUGAUUUCUAAAUCAAUAAUCGCUGAGGACCAAGAUACCUCCUUUUGUGUGUUAAAAGGACUAGAUCUUAGGACUGGAAACUUUACCACUAGUAUUAAAGCUGUAAACAAAAUGUAUCUUAGGAGCGAAUCUGUGUCUUCAAAUAUUGUUGUUUCAUCAAAUGUCCCUGCAUUGAUAGAGAACCCGCACUUACAACUGGUUUUAGAUAACCGUACGAUAACGUCCUCUUGGCAAGAUCACUUUAAAGUUCAUCAACCUUUGUAUUAUGAGGUGUCAGCAGGAACAACGCUAGGUGGCGCUGAUAUUAUACAGUGGCAAGAAACAAAGAACACAUUCCUAGAAUUCCAACUUCCUCAAAAGAUCAAAUCACUGAGAGAUUUGACUGGAUAUAUAUCUGUCCGAUGUGUUUCAGCAAAUGGAAUGACAUCAGUGUUAAAUGCUGCUGUCAAAUUAUAAUAGCAUGAAUA